AAUUCAAUACAAUUUUGUAAUCGAUUUAUGUUCGCUUUAAUUUAAGUCGAGAGGAAAGUUUUAAAAUGCGACAAAAAGUAUUAAUGUUUCCAUGUAAUGUCUGAGAAACGAAUUUAAAAUAAAAAGGGCAUUUUCGUCAUUUGCUAUAUCUGUGGCGUUCCCAACUUUUUUGUUUUACAGCUUUAAAAAAUUUUGUGUGUCCGAAGAUAAAGUUUUGUUUUUUGGGUUGGCAAUGGAGACGUCGCUGCAAAGCUCUGGGAUGUUAACGAAAGAGCAAAUGGUGUAUCUCUUUGAUCGAUUCGAUUACUUGACAUCGCAAUCUGAUGUGAAGAAACGAAUCUCCGAUGCUGUGGAGGAUAAACAGGAAGCUGUAGCGGUAACAACUGCAAUUCAAGAGGAGAUAUUCUUGGAGAUGGGAAUUGACCCGGGAUUUGGUAUUGGGUGCUUGGGAAAGCUGAACUCUGCAUAUGAAAAUGAUAAAGAGUUGAUGAUUGGUUUCUACAAGUUCCUCGCUAGGGAGGAGAUGGCAUGUGAAGAAGCUGAGCUCGGACCAGAUGGAUUUGAACAGAAAAUGAUAGCACAACAGCAAUUACAAGAACAGCAACUAGAGAUGCUUAAGUAUAUGCGUAAAUUUCCUCUAGAUGACCAAUCUGCUAUCCUUCAAAAGCUUCAAAAGCAACUAGAAAGUGCGGAUUUUGAGCCUGAGGCGUCACUUUUGUCACGAGAGAAUAUAGAGGAAGCAGGGAGGAGAAGAGUGUCACCUGUAUUUGCCAGCAGAUAGCUUUUUCAGUUCUCACGAGCAGUUACUUCAAUUUCUAUACUCAAGUCUCUCUUGCCAUCUCCAUAUACUCUUUUUUAACGUUAAUUUUUUAAAAAGAUGAAGUUGCAUUAAAUUCUUCUUUGUACUGUCAACUUGCAUUUUCCCGUAUAUUUGCCAGGCAUGCGAAAUCACUAUUCUCGCGAAA